AAUAUGACAUCUUUUGUUUUUCGAAGAUAUAUACAUAUAAAUUUCUAGAUUCAAAUAUUAAAUCAUUUUAAUUUUUUUACAUAACUUCAUAUAUAAGGUUUGUACACUAAAAUCUUACGGAGUACUUUUUAAAUAUGUUAAGAGCUGAGCUAAAACUCCUCAUACAGCUAGCAGAACCGCCAUGGAAACCCAAAUGAUGAUGGAAACCCAGCUCCCAGCUGAACUAUUGUUCCCCUCAAAAGAAAAAUCCUUUUUGGGAGACCGCAUGAUCGAUCGUGACUUCGUUCAGCCCAUCGAAAACAGGCCAAAGCUUUCCGAAACCGAAGCCGAAGGCAUACCCUUAAUAGACCUCUCCGCGGUCCUCCAGAACGGCGAUUGUGACGAGACAAUUGUGUCGCAAAUUGGCAACGCGUGCAGGGUCUGGGGCUUUUUCCAGGUGGUCAACCACGGCGUUUCCGAAGGGAAGCGCCUUGAGAUGGAAAAAGUGGCCCGGUCCUUUUUCGGACAGAGUGUGGAGGAGAAGAGAGAGGUGAGGCGGGACGAGGAGAACGUGCAUGGGUAUCACGACGGCGAGCACACCGUCAACGUUAGAGACUGGAAAGAAGUGUUUGAGUUUGCUUUGGAGAGUCCUUAUCUCUUGCCUCGUUCCCAAAACCCCGAUGCUGCCCAUGAAAUAAGUGAGGUCUAUAAUCUAUGGCCCAAACACCCCCCUCAAAUGAGGAAGGUAUCUGAAGAAUACGGGAAGGAGAUGGAGAAGCUUGGGUUCAAAUUAAUGGCACUCAUUGCUCGGAGCCUGGGCUUGCCGGCUGAUACGUUCGAGCCGUUUUACAAGACCCAGACUUCGACAGUGAUGCUCACCCAUUACCCACAAUGCCCGUUCCCCCACCUGGCUCUCGGCGUCGGUCCCCAUUCCGACAGCGGCGCUCUGACCAUCCUCUACCAAGACGACGUCGGUGGGCUCGAGGUCAAGAGGAAAUCCGACGGCGAGUGGGUGCGCGUCAAGCCCAUCCCCGACGCCUACAUCAUCAAUCUCGGAGCGGUCAUUCAAGUUUGGGCGAAUGAUGUAUAUGAGAGCGUGGAGCACAGGGUGGUGGUGAACUCCACCAGGGAGAGGUUCUCUAUUCCCUUCUUCUUCAACCCGGCGCAUGACACCAUGGUGAAGCCAUUGGAUGGGCUCACAGAUGGCCGAAACCCGGCCAGGUACACGCCGUACAACUGGGGAAUGUUUGACGCGUCCAGGAAGCUGAGCAAUUUCAGGAAGCUUGAUUUCAAGAACGUCCAAAUUGACGAUUUCAAAAUCUCGAAUUAGAUUGCCCGAGCGAGAAACGUCAUUUAAUUUAUAUAAAAAAAAAAUUGAGGUUUGGAUCUGUGUGAAUUUCGGCAUUGUGUGAGGGAAUAAAUGAAUAAUGAAGCCCAUCAUCAUGAGUCAUGACGACAUGUAAGAGGGAACGGAUAAUAAUGUCAUGAAUUGAUAGUGCGGCAAUAAAUGUAAUCCCGUCUCUAUCCUGAUGUUUUGAUUUCUUUCUAUGUGUACUCCCGUCCAAAAUAAAUUACUCCAUUGAAA